ACUAGCAAAGUGCUAACAUAAAUAAUUGAAGACUGUAAGAGGUAUACAUAGUCUUCAUGGUAGCAAGUAAGGAUUAAUUGCCAACAUGUUUUUAUUUAUGUAAUGCGGUUAUUUUUAGAGUACCUAGAGAUAAAAUAUUUCAACUUAUGGGGAUCUUGAAUCGUGAAUACGGCUUAAUGCUAAUAUAUCUAGCAUUUGAUAUGGCAUAGUAUCGCUCCAUUCGCCGAUAUCGUGUUCAACACCGAUGUUUGACGAUUUGAUUUGCCGAGGAUCGAUAUGUAACACUAAAUAUUACUGCGUGAUGGUGGUGGUCGCUGAAUCGUGGUUUGUUUCCAAGUGAUAUCACUGGAAAACGAAUAGGAAACAACUAGUUGGGAGACAGGAAAUUAUUAGAUCAAUCAUGAUGGACCAGUAUUCUGCUAAGGCACUGAUCAUUGUACUAUCGAUUAUUUCAAGACUGUUCUUCGGUUUCACUCCUCUACUUGUAUCCAGAAAAUUAUUUUCUAACAAAUCUGCUGAUUCAUUGAAAUCGAAAACGUUGGACUAUUUAGUUUCAUUAUGCUUGAAUUUGGGUGGAGGUGUCUUGCUUGCUACCUGUUUUGUCCAUUUAAUACCUGAGGUAAGAGAAAGUCUUACCAACCAUUUGGAACAAUACCAUCAUUACCCGUUUGCUGAGCUGGUUGUUUGUAUGGGAUUUUUCCUCGUCUACUUUGUUGAAGAAACUGUAAAGCAUUUUGUUAAAAAACAUAAUAACCGCAAUAAAACAAAAAAAACACAACACUGUGAUAGCUUAUUGCCAUGGGCUAACAGUCAGUCGACAGCAGUCAAAUCUGCUGAUGAUGUGAAUUCUGUAAGUGUUGAUCAAGGAACUGGAACUCCAGAUUGCCAAAUUGAACAAAAUAAUAAUGAAAUGUCGCAUGUACAUAAUCUAAGAAGUCUAUUUGUUGUACUGGCAUUAUCUUUUCAUUCAAUUAUGGAAGGAUUAGCCAUUGGUUUAGAACAAAAUAUGGACGAUAUGGGUUUCCUGUUUUUAGCCGUUUCUGUUCAUGAAUGUACUAUAUUAUUUUGUAUUGGCAUCAAAUUAGUGAUUUCAUGUUCAUCAUUAACAAAUAUUGUGUUGAAUAUCAUUGUUCUUACUUUGGUAUCACCUUUUGGUAUCUUCUUGGGAUCGUUAUUAACAUUAAAUGUGUCAGAAGUGGAAAAUAAUUAUCACACAGUAGGAAAUGCAGUUUUACAAGGUUUAGCUGCUGGUACAAUUUUAUAUGUUACAUUUUUUGAAGUACUUGACCGGGAAAGAAAAAAAGGUGCAGCGCCUGGUUUGCUCAAAUUGCUAUUCACUAUGAUUGGAUUUUUUUUGAUGGUCAUGUUGGAAGUUAUAGGUGGCCAUAGCCAUAAAGAAAAUCAUAUGAAUCAUGGGAUAAAUUGUUCAUUAGCUAUUCAAAAUGAUCAUCCUUAACAUGCACUUAAAUAAUCAUUUCAGAUCUAUUUGUUACCAGAUAUUCAAAUAAUAAUAAAAUAACCAUAUCCUUUUACACUUGCAUUUUGCUUGUGUUACUUAAAAAAAGAUAAGCUCAAAAAUACUUCUGAAAUGAUUUUUAUUUAACUACUCGCCGGUAUUAAGACUAAAUUAAGUUGUAACAUGAAUCAUUUUAUCGAUCUUCCAUUUAUUAAUUUUAUGUGUAAAUAAUUUAAACGAAAUAAUGUUCCAUUAUGGAUU